GGCAGCUUAGGGACAGAGAGGGACAUGUGUCUCAUUCAUUUUAAAGGGGAUGUCGCCCAUGAAUAGCAGAGCCCGGUGGUGGGCAUGGCACGGCGCCCCCACCAUCUAAUAGACACUGGUUUAUGUCCAUCAUACCUCCAGGGCAUGCCUGUAUUCACCAGACCCUCACCAGUGUUCACAUGGACUCCUGGAUACCGUAUCUGGAUCCCCUCCCGGGUUAACCUUGCUGAGCCUCCCUUUCCUCCUCGGUCUGCGGAGGCGUCCCCCCCCGGUGGCCAUCAUGCGCUGUGGCGUCACAUCCGCCACGCGCCCGCCGAGCCGCUCCUGAGCGCGGCCGCGAGUUCGAGCUCAGGGCCCGUGAGCCCGUCGGCGCGGCCGCACCAUGAGCCACGGGCCUAGCCCCCGGCUGGCCGAGUCCCCGCAGCUGUCCAAGGGCAGCCUCCUGACCAUCCUGGGCAGCCCGUCGCCCGAGCGCAUGGGCCCGGCGGACUCGCUGCCGCCCACGCCGUCCAGCGGCACGCCCUCGCCCGGGCCCCCGCCCGCGCUGCCCCUGCCACCGGCGCCCGCGCUGCUGGCCGACGGGGACUGGGAGAGCCGCGAGGAGCUGCGGCUGCGGGAGCUGGAGGAGGCGCGGGCGCGGGCAGCGCAGAUGGAGAAGACCAUGCGCUGGUGGUCGGACUGCACGGCCAACUGGCGCGAGAAGUGGAGCAAGGUGCGCGCCGAGCGCAACCGCGCGCGCGAGGAGGUGCGCCAGCUGCGCCAGCGCCUCGACGCGCUCACCAAGGAGCUGGCAGGCGCGCGGCGCGAGCGCCAGGAGGCGCAGGGCGAGUGCGAGGCGCGGGGCCGCGAGCUGGCGCGGCUGCGGGGCGCCCGGGGCUCCGCCGACAGGACGCCCGACGGUCCGGAGACGGAGCCCGAGCGGGAGCACGAGCCGGUGCGCGACGUCGGGGCGGAGAGGCCCCAGGGCAGCCAGGAGCUGGAGCUGGUGGAGAGCCUGCUGAAGAGCAGACCAGAGGAGCCCGAGGGCUGCUGGGAGGCGCGCAGCGUGGGGGCCGGGGGCCCACGGGGCAGCUCGGGCCGCCAGGAGCGCAGCCGGCUGCCCUGGGAGGACACGGCCGCCAUCGAGGAGGAUGCCUCCAAGUUGACCGCCCUACGCCUGCGGCUGGAUGAGUCCCAGAAGGUGCUGCUCAAGGAGCGAGAGGAUAAACUGGCGCUGAGCAGGAACAUUGAGAAGCUGGAGGGGGAGCUCAGCCAGUGGAAGAUCAAGUACGAGGAGCUCAGCAAGACCAAGCAGGAGAUGCUCAAGCAACUCAGCAUCCUGAAGGAGGCCCACCAGGACGAGCUGGGCCGCAUGUCCGAGGACCUGGAGGACGAGCUGGGUGCGCGGUCCAGCAUGGACAGAAAGAUGGCAGAGCUGAGGGGCGAGAUGGAGCGGCUGCAGGCCGAGAACGCGGCCGAGUGGGGCCGCCGCGAGCGGCUGGAGACGGAGAAGCUGGGCCUGGAGCGCGAGAACAAGAAGCUGCGUGCGCAGGUCGGCGACCUGGAGGAGGCGCUGGCCCGGCGGCGGCGGCAGACCGCCAGCGCGCUGGACUGCGACCUGCGGGCCAGCCAGGCCGCCCUCUUCGAGAAGAACAAGGAGCUGGCGGACCUGAAGCAUGUGCAUGGCAAGCUGAAGAAGCAGUGCCAGGAGAAGGUGGCGGAGCUGGCACACGCCACCCGGCGUGUGGAGCAGCACGAGGCGGAGGUGAAGAAGCUACGGCUGCGGGUGGAGGAGCUCAAGAAGGAGUUGGCCCAGGCUGAGGACGAGCUGGACGAGGCCCAAAACCAGGCACGCAAGCUGCAGCGGUCGCUGGACGAGCAGACGGAGCAGAGCGAGAACCUGCAGGUGCAGCUGGAGCAUCUGCAGUCCAGGCUCCGCCGGCAGCAGCAGAACGCCCCCCUCUUCGGGAAGAUCCGCAGUGCCCGCUUUGGCGCCGAGGAGGCUGGGGACGGAGCCAGCGACCUGGACGAGGACGAGGACCUGCAGAUCCAGGUGGCCUAGAGCUCCUAGGGCUGUGCCCGGCUGACCGGCCACUCGAACUGACGCAGCUGCCUGGGCUCGCUCUGGGAGCAGACGCCGCCCCGGGCCACGGCCCACUGCCUUCUCUCCCACGGUGCGCAUCCGUGGUCCCACCUACCAACGCCCCGUGGAAGGGAAGCCACGGCCUGUGUUUUAUAUGUAUAUUGUAUGUAUAUGCCCGGGGUCCUUGGCCCCCGGUGUCAUAAACACGGGACCACUCCAAGGCCCCGUCUAGGUGCCCCACCCAUCCGAGACCUUCAUGCAGGGGAAGGGGGGUGUCAAGGGAGGGCUGGUGGGGCCCCGACCCAGGCUGCUUCUCUGGGCCUUGGGGGUCGGGCAGGAGCUGUUCAUAGUACAAUGUGAUAAACCCAGUCUUUUGUAAUAAAAGGAGUUCAGGUUCUCUGG